AUGAGCCAUCACAUCACCCCUAGAGCUUGUCAUUCAGCUAUUUACGGCACGAAUAUUCGGAGCUCUCAAAGAAUAGUGGAAUUCACUGGGCGAACCGAUAACAGCAAAGAAUUCAUUGGUACGCCUACUCAUCUCAAAGAACAACUACAAGAAGAGUUUUUCUUAGCAAAGUGUUGUUCGCUCAAGAAGAAGGAUUUCGCUAAACAUUUUGAACGCCUAACACAAAGAUAUUAUGCACUCAUUGGCCUCAAUAACCCAAGCUUGAAGCAAGUUUACCUUUCCUCCAUAGAUGAUUACCUGAGUCAACAUACCAAGCUGUAUAUCAGAGACCAAAGACAAAGAAUCGAAGAAAUAUCCAUUGGUCAAAUCCAGCAAUACGUCUUCCGAACACUCGACAAGCUUUGCAAGCAAAAGAAGUUCUAG